AGCAGAAACGAACAAAGCACAAGAUUUAGCUAUCCUAGCAAGUCGCCAAAAAAAAAAAAACCAACGUAGCUGCAAGCAACAAAACACCAGCCGGGCCAUGUCGUCGUCGCCGAUGCUUGGAGGCAUCGCCGACAGGUGGCGCGAGCUCCAUGGGCAGGACUCGUGGAAUGGCCUCCUCGACCCGCUCGACCUCGACCUCCGCUCCUCCAUCCUCUCCUAUGGCGAGCUCGUGCAGGCCACCUACGAUUCCUUCAACCGGGAGAGGCGCUCGCCGCACGCCGGCGCGUGCGUGUAUGGCCACGGCGACCUCCUCGCCGCGGCGGGCGCGUCCGCCGCCGGCAGCUACGCGGUGACCAAGUUCGUCUACGCCACGUCGGGGCUCCCCGUCCCGGAGGCAUUCCUGCUGCUGCCGCUGCCGUCGCUGCUGCCGCCGGCGUGGUCGAGGGAGUCCAACUGGAUGGGGUACGUCGCCGUGGCGACGGACGAGGGCGUCGCGGCGCUCGGGCGGCGCGACAUCGUCGUGGCGUGGCGCGGCACGGUGGAGAGCCUGGAGUGGGUCAACGACUUCGACUUCACGCCGGUGCCCGCCGCGCCGGUGCUGGGCGCCGCCGCCGCCGCGAACCCGCGCGCCAUCGUGCACCGGGGCUUCCUGUCCGUGUACACGUCCAGCAACAAGGACUCCAAGUACAACAAGGCCAGCGCCAGAGACCAGGUUCUUGAGGAAGUGAGGAGGCUGAUGGAGUUGUACAAGGACGAGGUGACGAGCAUCACCGUCGUCGGGCACAGCCUGGGCGCGUCGCUGGCGACCCUGAACGCCGUCGACAUCGUGGCCAACGGCGCCAACUGCCCGCCGGCGAGCUCGUCGUCGUCGCAGCCGCCGUGCCCGGUGACGGCGAUCGUGUUCGCGAGCCCGCGCGUGGGCGACGGCUUCUUCAAGGCAGCGUUCGCGUCGUUCCCCGACCUGAGGGCGCUCCACGUCAAGAACGCCGGCGACGUGGUGCCCAUGUACCCGCCGCUGGGCUACGUGGACGUGGCCGUGAAGCUGCGCAUCAGCACCAGCCGGUCGCCGUACCUGCGGUCGCCGGGGACCAUCGAGACGCUGCACAACCUCGAGUGCUACCUCCACGGCGUCGCCGGCGAGCAGGGCAGCGCCGGCGGGUUCAAGCUGGAGGUCGACCGCGACGUCGCGCUGGCGAACAAGGGCGUCGACGCGCUCAAGGACAAGUACCCCGUGCCGCCCCGGUGGUGGGUCUCCAAGAACAGGUGCAUGGUCAAGGACGCCGAUGGGCACUGGGCGCUCCACGAUUUCGAGCAAAUUUAAGCUCUCGAUUUCGAAAAAUUUGCAAAAUGGAUUACGUAUAGAAGUGCUCGUUAAUGGGCUUGACACGUCGAAUAAAUGGGAUUUCCCCCUCAUAUCACAUAAUUCAUUUGUAAAUAAAACUCUGUCCAGUCAAAUGCAUGUGUUGAUUUGGACAUUGUUACAGAUACAAAGGUAUUGAUUUGGACACGUUGAGAUGUCCAGUAAUUAUUUCUUGAUGCA